CUAGGAGCCACCGCCUCACAAGCGAUGAACAGAUCCAACCAGGCCGGGGAUGGGAUGCGGCGGACGAAAACAUCUGGUUCUGCAAUGGGUGAUUCAAAAUGUGGCGUCCGGGGUCCCUGCCAAAUUGGGUUUGCGAUCCAAUAUUUGUUUUUCUGAGAGAUCUUUUUCUGCCUUUCCCUCUUCCAGCGCGUCUCAGUCAGAACUAUUUGAAGCGCAAUGCACUUUCAGAUUGCCUCUGUCCUUUGUAUCUCCCCAACCCCCGGUCCUCUGUCCAGUCGUCCGCCAGCCCUGCUCGCACCCGGUGCGCCGCCAGGAAUCACUCGAGCGCCCCUGGCCACUCCCAGUCUCCAAUAAGUCAGGCGCUGUUGACUACUCACUCCUUUGCACCCACUCAAUGGAGGCGAUUGCUGUUGCCCCUCCUCGCGUCAGUACGCUGCCUUCACCACCGAUGGAGCGCAAAUCGCCCGUCUCACGUGCGUCGUCUGCAGGACGCGACAGGCAGAAUCUAGACUCGCCCAAGGAAGAAGCCUCAAUCAUGUCUGGCGAUCGACGCUCCAAACAGAGCCCGAGUCCCGCAAACUCUCCUGCACACUCGCCGAAGCGCACUCAGGACGAGCAAAAACCAUCCGUCGACGACUAUGAAAAGGGCCUCGUCGUCUGCGGCACCUGCGGAGAGGGUGUCCCUUUCCGCGACCCUCAGUCGGGAGGCUUCACUCUCAGGCUCUGGGACAUGCACCGGGAUCAAUGCCGCCUGCGACACGACCCCCGUCCAGAGCCAAUUGUUUUCACGCCCGAGACGACCGUGGACUCUAUGGCGAAUCCGCCUCUAAAGAAGCGUCGGGCAAAACGCACAGAAGAGGAACGCAUUGAAUAUCUGCGCUCGGAUCCUUACGUGGCCCAAUUCGAGCCCUAUCGUGUCCUUUGUGGAUCAUGCAACAAAUGGAUCCGCCUUCGACCCAAUUCGACUUACUGUUCAAUCCCGUGGGAUGCCCAUCGCAAAAGUUGUCUGUCUAAAAAAGCGUAUGCAAAUGCCAGGGAUGAGGGUGCUGCAGAAGGCCAAGUGGCCAUUCUGAGAAGAGAUCCAGACGUUCGUAUGGUCGACGUGGAUCGCGUCAUGUGCGCCCGUUGCGACCGAUGGAUCCCCAUACGGGCUGAUGAUACGUAUUAUGCAUUGCAGACCUGUGCUCUACCUGUUGAUCACCGAUCCGCAGAUGUAGGAAUUGCAUCACCUGGACGUUCAGCAAUGAAUGGCAUUUCAGGUGUCGCUAUUCCAAAUGGACAUACGAGUGCGAGCGGAGGAGCAGGACAUCCACCAGUGAAUCGUUUGCACUCCUCCAUAACUUCGGUAGCACCGUCGCUUAGCUCAAAGUCUCGUGCACCUGCUCCUUCCCUUGGCUCACUCCCUGCACCAGUACCCUUUGCGCGCACAAGUGGAGGCUCUCCGUAUGCGACACCAACAUCGAUGGCAAGUGGCUCAUAUGCCUCUGGCCCGGACUGCUCUCCGCCGACUGCACUGCGCGAACUUGCUUCCGGACCGUCGGCACUUGCUUCGCAUGAUGCUCGUAGGAAAAAUGCAGAGCAACGUGCAGCAGCACUUAAGGCGGAUCCACUUCUACGUGAAGUCGAACCAAACCGUGUUUUCUGUGGUCUUUGCGGCAAAUGGGUCCAGCUCCGCCAGGACAGUUCGUUCUGUGCUUAUCCAUGGCAUCAACACCGCAGCAAGUGCUUGGCACGGUACCAACGUCGACAGGAGAAGGUUCACGGCUACUCGCCCCAUGGGCCGUACGACUCGCGUUAUGGCGGUUAUUCUGGUCAUGGUGCAUCUCGCUACAACGGAGACCUGGACGCAGACGGCUCAUUUGAUGACGACCUUGAAUCUGAAGACGACCGUCCUCUCCCUCGUCACCGUUCACUCGAGCUGGAUUCUCCAGACGAAGACGGACCUUCUUAUUCUCAUAGGCAAAGAUAUGAAAAGGCGUCAGGUCAUCCGUACGCGAGGCCCCCUCCCCCUCCGUCAUACGCACCGUCGUCUUCACAUGGUUCAUCCAGUGGGAGAUAUAAGUUGUCGGCACAAGCAGCAGCAAUAGCUAAUCACUACAAGUACGACGCACCGUCGUAUGCACUACGGAGGGCCCCAUCUGUGGACGACAUGGAUGACGUGUCAAUGGACGAAGAUGCCGAUGGUGAGCACGAUGUGGACGUAGAAAUGGACGAGGAGCCUGGGCGAGACCGGAGGCGCCAAUAUGAAUAUGUCCGCCGACAGCCGCACGAUUAUCAUCACGGCCGUGGUUCACAUCAGUCCCGCCAACGGGCUGAGGACACGUCAGCAAAAGCUGAACUUCGCUCGGCAAGUGGCCGUUUGGCGUUUAUCUCAACAUCAGUCGAGCAUCUCUUCAAAACGACGUAUGAUCACGGGGACGAACUCAGUAUCGGCGCUCUAGUGAACUACCUAAAUGCAGCAAUGCCGGCCGACAAACACGACGACUUUGACGUACAAGAAGUGACACGCGCCGCGGCGGCACUCGCGAAGACUGGCGUGCUCGUUCAAGAAGGCGAUAGACUGCGUCCGGUAAACUGAUAUAUGAAAUUAAUUAUUGUAUGAAACAACCUUACGACAUGCCGCACGACUGGAUGACUCAAUACUCGGUCUGCUCGGUGAAGGAUCUCUCCCUUCCUACCUGUCCCUGUAUUCUCACUUCUCGUUCUUUUCCUUCCUCUGUUUUGGGCUUUGGGGUUAACUUGGUCACGCACUCAUCAUCCCAACGCACGUGUAUUUCUAUAUUUAAGAUCUGCAUCGUUUCCUUCCUUUUUCUGUCCGAAACACCUGGACCCCUAUUCUAUCUUGUUUUUGUACCAGUCUACUACUUAUUGGCUAUCGACUUUCCCGUAUUCUACUUAUUCUUUCUCCAUCAAUACGACGUUUACUUUUUUUAUCAUGCCUUGCUUGUCUUUACUAGUCUUUUGCUCCGUGCCCUUCGUAGUUCAACCUCUUUGAGUACUAGUAUCGUGCGCUCAUGGCCAGCGGUUUGUUUGCUUUGUCUUCCUUUCUUACGCACUCCGUUGUUCCGUCGUUUUGAACCUGUGGUUGUUGGGUGCAUUUGUUCAUCUGUGUAUGC